CUUUCUGUUAAAUACAGUGAAGUGUGUACAGUACAUACAUCGGCACUCACUCAACUCCACAAUACUACGAAGAGAUAUCAGAAUUCAGAAGAAGAUUCUAAAACAGCCAGACGAAAACAAGAACCCUUGGACAGUUACGUGUAUUUUAUAGCCUACGUUAGGAUUUCAUACUUUCUUUCAUACGAAGGACUUCAACAUUGUCCUGGAUAAACAAAGAAACAGAACCAUGAAACUGAUGUGGAUCUGCCUCCUGUUCGUCGGCGCAGUGGUUGCCGAUGGUGACGAGAAAGAGGAUGUUGGGACCGUAAUUGGCAUCGAUUUGGGGACUACCUACUCCUGUGUUGGCAUCUUCAAAAAUGGGCGUGUGGAAAUCAUCGCCAAUGACCAAGGUAACAGAAUCACCCCUUCCUAUGUGGCCUUCACGUCUGAGGGAGAGCGUCUCAUUGGUGAUGCUGCCAAGAACCAGCUAACCUCAAACCCAGAGAACACGGUCUUUGAUGCAAAGAGAUUAAUCGGUCGCGCUUGGGGCGACUCUUCUGUGCAGCAGGACAUAAAAUACUUUCCUUUCAAGGUGGUUGAGAAGAAGAGCAAACCCCACAUACAGCUCAAUGUUAGUAGCCAGAUGAAGACAUUCACACCAGAAGAGAUCUCUGCCAUGGUUCUCACUAAGAUGAAGGAAACUGCUGAGGCAUACCUGGGAAAGAAGGUCACCCAUGCCGUGGUCACGGUUCCGGCUUACUUCAAUGAUGCCCAGCGUCAGGCCACCAAGGAUGCUGGAACCAUCGCCGGCCUGAACGUGAUGAGGAUCAUUAACGAGCCAACUGCAGCUGCCAUUGCCUAUGGUUUGGACAAGAAGGGCGGUGAGAAGAACAUCUUGGUGUUCGACCUUGGUGGUGGUACCUUCGAUGUGUCCCUCCUGAUUAUUGACAAUGGCGUGUUCGAGGUCGUGGCCACAAAUGGAGACACUCACUUGGGAGGUGAAGACUUCGACCAACGGGUCAUGGAGCACUUCAUCAAGUUAUACAAGAAGAAGACAGGCAAGGAUGUGCGUAAGGACAACCGUGCUGUUCAGAAGCUGCGUCGUGAGGUUGAGAAGGCCAAGAGAGCCCUGUCAGCCCAACAUCAGACUCGUAUAGAGAUCGAGGCUUUCUUUGAUGGUGAAGACUUCUCUGAGACCCUGACCCGUGCCAAAUUUGAGGAGCUGAACAUGGAUCUUUUCCGAGCCACCAUGAAGCCUGUGCAGAAAGUUCUGGAAGAUGCUGACAUGAAGAAGUUUGACGUUGAUGAGAUUGUGCUGGUCGGUGGCUCCACUCGUAUUCCCAAGAUCCAGCAGUUGGUGAAGGAUUUCUUCAACGGCAAGGAGCCCUCCAGAGGCGUCAACCCUGACGAGGCUGUGGCCUACGGAGCUGCUGUGCAGGGUGGUGUACUUUCUGGGGAAGAUGAAGCACAAGUGCUUCUUCUGGAUGUCUGCCCCUUGACUCUUGGCAUUGAGACUAUGGGAGGAGUGAUGACCAAGCUGAUCCCCAGGAACAGCGUGGUGCCAGCCAAGAAGUCUCAGAUCUUCUCCACAGCCGCUGACAACCAACCAACUGUCACUAUCAACGUUUUUGAAGGUGAACGUGCCAUGAUCAAAGACAACCACCUUCUGGGCAACUUUGACUUGACUGGCAUUCCUCCAGCCCCCCGCGGGGUCCCACAGAUAGAGGUGACCUUCGAGCUCGACGCCAACGGCAUCCUGAGUGUGUCGGCUGAAGACAAGGGAACUGGCAACAAGAACAAGAUCACUAUCACCAACGACCAGAACCGCCUGAGCGAAGAGGAGAUCAGGAGGAUGGUGAAUGACGCCGUGCAGUUCGCCGACGAAGACCAGAAGAUAAAAGAGCGCAUCGACGCCCGCAACGAGCUGGAGAGCUACGCCUACUCCCUGAAGAACCAGGUGGGAGACACAGAGAUGCUGGGCGGCAAGCUGUCCGACGACGAUAAAGAAACCAUCGUGAAGGCCGUGGAGGAGAAGAUCGAAUGGAUGGAGUCCCACCAGGGGGCUGACACAGAAGAAUUCAAGACCAUGAAGAAGGAGUUGGAGGAGGUCGUUCAGCCCAUCAUUGGCAAGCUCUACGAAAAUGCGGGCGGACCUCCCCCAGAAGAGGGUGGGCAGGGCAGAGAGGAGCUGUAGAGUGGGCUUGGUGUCCACUUCUAAACACGCACAGACUCUGCUCUCUUUAAUGAGAUGAGCCAUAGCCUUGGUGCCCACUUCUAAACACCCAUAGACUCUGCUCUCUGUAAUGGAUAGGGCAUCUUGGGUAUAGCUCAGAUCUCCGCACGCACUACUGAUAGACCCUGUUGGCUGACAGCGCCUCUCUGGUGUAGGCAGAAAUGGCAUAUCCUUGACAACGUGUUUUUGUUCAGCGAUUUAAAACUGUUUAAAGUUUUCAAAGCCUUUUUGAAAUGCAGGGUGUUUAAUGGGAAGACAGGCAGAGGUGUUGAAGAGUAGACAGUUCUUCCUCAAUAAGCUCUAUGGCCACCUGUAUAGCGUGCUGCUGCAGGCUGUUUAAAUGUGUUGGGACAGCCUGUAGGCCUGUUCACAGCAUCAAUGAUUAUUAGACACCACACAAUGUGUGCUGCUCUUAUUUAUUUAAUUAUUUUUGUAUUAUUUUGGGGUGGGAUGGGAUUGUGGUAAAUGCGGAUAUAGGUGGAUUUAAAAAUAUGAAAUGCACUGUUAUUUAUUUGAUUCUGUAUUUCAUACAAAGUUUUGUGGCUUUGAAAAAUAAAGAUUUAUUUUGAGAAUA